GGGAUGGGAAAUCUCCGACAUCGGUGAUUUGCUAUUUGAUCUUCGUUCCGUUCACGUAGAGAAGCCUCCAGAAGGGUCCUGAACACGAGCACAAGCAGGUGGUGGGUAUAAAUGGUGCAUGUUGGAGGGUCUCCUUUGCACCAACGUUACUUGAAGCGUCUAAUACCCUUUCGGCAAAGUCCGUUGAAGGAACGUUUUGCUUGUCGUUACAUCUAACUUCAAUAUGACAGAACCGACGAGUGUUGCUCCUCGGAGUAAAGGCAAUGCCCUGGCUUUUCACUCACAAAAAGAAAUGUUUGAGAAGAUAGAGGAGACGUUCAGGGUAUGUGCAACCUGUGACAGAAAACCAGCUCAGUUACCAGAUCCUAAGGCCCUGAAACGCUGUGGAAAAUGUGUGAAUGUAUAUUACUGCUGUAGGGACUGUCAGAAGCAGCACUGGCCCCAACAUAAGAAGCUGUGUAAUACACUCAGAUGUGCAGCCAUAGACAGACGGGUGGAGUGGCUCAUCUACAAAGGUGAUCUCCCGUUCCCCACAGACGCAUGGACCCGCCCUGCUGCAGAGGUCAACAGCUGGGAAGACUGGCUCUCCAUGCAGGGGGAUCUGGCCUCUCGAGUGGACCCCAUCCUGUCUGGAAAGAACAUGACUGAGCUUUGGGACAAUGCCGGCCGCUCACGCCCAGAGGAGGCCGAUCUGAGAGAGUCGGUGUGGCGUGUGUGUAGCGAGUUCCUCUCUCGGCCGUUGACCAUCGGUAUGGCCAUCAAGCUGUUCAAGCUGGACCCCUACUCCCGACCCCUCACCAUUCAUGUAGUGGGGGCUGCCCACAGUGAGACCCUGCAGGCCCGAGUCACUGACAUGGACGAGCUGAGCCACAUGUUCCCUGGACACCAGGGCAUGGAGGUGGUGAUGGUGGGGCCGGAGGUGGUGGAGGGGAAGGCCAUGCGGCCCCCACUCACAGCGUUUGGGCCCCGAGGGAAGACCUACAUCAGCGGCUACAAGGGCCUCUACCACCAGUUCUGGGAACAUGUGCUGGAGAAAGGGGAGGGAGCCAAACCUGACUUGGUGGUGGGAUUUAACCCAGGUGUGGAUGCCAGUGAGGAGAAUAUGGACCAGGAGGAGAAGGUGGACCAGACCUGGUUGCCAACUCUGCUGCUCCUGCGGGAUUUCAACAUACCCACUCUCUUCACCACCACAGAUGAACCUGAGUUGGAGUACACCCUUCAAAUCCUGCUGGAGUUGGAAAUGCACAUCAAGGCCACCGUGGUGAACCCCUUCAGAUCCCAGAAGCCGGAGCAGGUGCAGGCCAGCCCCAACAAACCUCCAAUCUACUGCAGCGCCCAUUACAUCUGCUUCCAGGGGCUCCUGGAGAGGGAGGAGGAGGACUAGCUCUCAGACCACACCUGGACCAGACGCUUAGUCUCUCUCUCUCUCUCUCUCUCUCUCUCUCUCUCUCUGUGUGUGUAUGUGUGUGUG